CUGGUGUCGGGGGUGAGUAGACGUACACGACUCAACCUCCUGUGUGUACCUGUGUGUGUACGCGUGUGUGUGUACCACUGUAAACCCGUGUACGUACGUGCGUGUGUGUGUUUGUACCUGUGCCUUUACCUGCCUAUGUAAAGGAACGAAAGCGAGAGGAGACGAGCCAUGAAGGGGGAGCAGAGAGCCUUGGCGGUGGGGGUGGCGGUGGUCUGUUUGUUGACAUCACCAGCGUGGGGCGGACUGACACACUUCUCGCACCGGGCUGAAAGAUCAAUAGCAGGACCCGAAACGAACACAGUAAACGGAGGAGUAGGAGGAGGAGGACCAACAGGAGGAGGAGGAGGAGGAGGCGCUGACCCGUGCCCCGAGUUCUGUCCCUUCGACUACACGCCCGUCUGCGGCAGUGACGGCGUGACCUACACCAACCCUUGCACGCUGUCCCUGGCCACGUGUAGAGACGGCUCCAGCCUCACUGCGGCCUACAUGGGGGUGUGCGAUGUCAUCACUCCCGCCUUCGCUGCCGCUGCCGUCCCGCCCUCAGCUGGAGCGGGGGCCGGCGAAGGUGGCAGUGCGGGUGGCGGCGCGGGUGUCACGUGCCGCGAAGAAUGUCACCUGAUCUUAUUGCCCGUGUGCGGCAGUGACGGCGUCACCUACCCCAACAAGUGCCAGCUGGAGUUAGCGUCGUGCCUGCAGGGCGGCGGGCUCACCGUGGUGUCGGAGGGUGAAUGUGCCAAAGAAGAGUCGCUGUCACAGAGCCUUGGCGGCGAGUCUGGACAGGGCGCCUUGACCCCCCCACUAGGAGGCGUGGAGCUUUCUGGACCAGACCCAGCGACACCCUCGUGCUCGCAGCAGUGCACCCGCAUCUUCCUGCCCGUGUGCGGCAGUGACGGCGUCACAUACAACAACCUGUGCCUGCUGCAGAUCGUCGACUGUGAGAACAAAGCUGCCGGCGGCCCGGGCGUCUCCGUCACCGCGGAGGGAGCGUGUGACAAGGCGGCCGGUGUGGACGCCUUGCAGGUGGGCCCGACGACCUCGUGCUCGCAGCAGUGUACCCGCAUCUUCCUGCCCGUGUGCGGCAGCGACGGCGUCACCUACAACAACCUGUGCCUGUUGGAGAUCGCCAACUGCGAGAACAAAGCCGCGGGUGGUGCGGGCGUGACCGUUGCCGCGGAGGGCGCGUGUGGAGCCGCGACGGAGGCGCCGCAGCCCCCGUCCACCACGGAGAAACCUCCGUGCUCACAGCAGUGUACCCGCAUCUUCCUGCCCGUGUGCGGCAGCGACGGCGUCACCUACAACAACAUGUGCCUGCUGGAGAUCGCCGACUGCGAAAACAAAGCUGCCGGCGGCCCGGGCGUUUCUGUCGCUUCGGAGGGCGCGUGUGGAGCCGCAACGGAGGUCCCGCAGCCCCCAACUACUCAGGAGACAUCUUCGUGCUCAAAGCAGUGUACCCGCAUCUUCCUCCCCGUGUGCGGCAGCGACGGCGUCACCUACAACAACCUGUGCCUGCUGGAGAUCGCCGACUGUGAGAGUAGAGCCGCUGGUGGUCCGAGCGUCAUCGUCGCCUCAGAAGGGGCGUGUGGAGCCGCGACGGAGAAGCCGCCCUCGUGCUCGCAGCAGUGUACCCGCAUCCUCUUCCCCGUGUGCGGCAGCGACGGCGUCACCUACAACAACAUGUGUCUGCUGGAGAUUGCCGACUGUGAGAGCAGAGCCGCUGGUGGUCCGAGUGUCAUUGUCGUUUCGGAGGGCGCGUGUGGAGCCGCGACGGAGGCACCGCAGCCCCCGUCCACCACGGAGAAAGCAACGUGCUCACAGCAGUGCACCCGCAUCUUCCUGCCCGUGUGCGGCAGUGACGGCGUCACCUACAACAACCCGUGCCUGCUGGAGAUCGCCGACUGUGAGAACAAAGCUGCCGGCGGCCCGGGCGUCUCCGUCACCGCGGAGGGAGCGUGUGACCAGGCGGGCGGCGAGGACAACACUGUGGCGGGCAGCGGUGGGGACACCACGCAGGUGGGCGCGACGACCCCGUGCUCGCAGCAGUGUACCCGCAUCUUCCUGCCCGUGUGCGGCAGCGACGGCGUCACCUACAACAACCUGUGCCUGCUGGAGAUCGCAGACUGCGAGAACAAAGCCGCGGGCGGUGCGGGCGUGACCGUUGCCGCAGAGGGCGCGUGUGGAGCCGCGACGGAGGCGCCGCAGCCCCAGUCCACCACGGAGAAACCCACGUGCUCACAGCAGUGUACCCGUAUCUUCCUGCCCGUGUGCGGCAGUGACGGCGUCACAUACAACAACCUGUGCCUGCUGAAGAUCGUCGACUGCGAAAACAAAGCUGCCGGCGGCCCGGGCGUCUCCGUCACCGCGGAGGGCGCGUGUGACCAGGCGGGCGGCGAGGACAACACUGUGGCGGGCAGCGGCGGGGACACCACGCAGGUGGGCGCGACGACCCCGUGCUCGCAGCAGUGUACCCGCAUCUUCCUGCCCGUGUGCGGCAGCGACGGCGUCACCUACAACAACCUGUGCCUGCUGGAGAUCGCCGACUGCGAGAACAAAGCCGCGGGCGGUGCGGGCGUGACCGUCGCCGCGGAGGGCGCGUGUGGAGCCGCGACGGAGGCGCCGCAGCCCCCGUCCACCACGGAGAAACCCCCGUGCUCACAGCAGUGCACCCGCAUCUUCCUGCCCGUGUGCGGCAGUGACGGCGUCACCUACAACAACCUGUGCCUACUGGAGAUCGCCGACUGCGAGAACAAAGUUGCCGGCGGCCCGGGCGUUUCUGUCGCUUCUGAGGGCGCGUGUGGAGCCACGACGGAGGCGCCGCAGCCCCCGUCCACCACGGAGAAACCCCCGUGCUCACAGCAGUGCACCCGCAUCUUCCUCCCCGUGUGCGGCAGCGACGGCGUCACCUACAACAACCUGUGCCUCCUGAAGGUGGCAGACUGCAAGCGCAGAGCCGCGGGAGGCAAGGGCAUCUCUGCUGUGUCUGAGGGCGCGUGUGGCCGUGAAGAGCCUGCCGCCCCGCAGAGCUCCGAAGAAGUGUUCAGCUCCUGCAGGCGGAUGUGCACGCGCCACGCGGCGCCCGUGUGCGGCUCUGACGACGUCACGUACGAGAACGAAUGUCUUUUGGAGGACGCCAGCUGCCGCUCCAGGAGGGACACUGGGCGGUGGAUCUUCCUGCGUUACACUGGCCCGUGCGACUCAUCGUUCGACAUCAAGGGCAGCGGCUGCCGCGAUAACUGCCAGGAGGAGUACGAGCCCGUCUGCGGCUCCGACGGCCGGACGUACGACAACGAGUGUUUCCUGGACGCGUCCAACUGCGGGCGGUGGGCGCGGAAUGAGCAGGGCGUGUACCUAGUGGACGAGGGCCCCUGCGAGGGCGACGCACGCACGUCACAGGAGGUGAGGCCUUCCUUCAACAUGGCUCUUUCCUCCCCACACUCCUCGCCCCAAGAAGCAUCCCCAUCCACCCACUCCUCCCCCUCAUCUCCCCAACAGUCCUCCUCUUCAGUUGACUCCCCCCAGCUGGCCCCCCCGUCGUCCGGCUCACCCCCCUCGGCCCCCGUGUGCUCUGAGGCCUGCACGCGCGAGUUCCGGCCGGUGUGUGGCUCGGACGGGCUCACCUACAACAACCCAUGCGCCCUCGAGGUGGCAAACUGCAAGAGCCGCGCGCGAGGAGGCCUGACCGUGGAGACGAAGUUUGAAGGCCCUUGUGUGGCCGCGCUUCCGAAGGGCCCAGUGUGUGAGGCCAGCUGCGACAGGAGGUUCAGGCCGGUGUGUGGGAGCGACGGGGAGACGUACAGCAACCAGUGCCUCUUGGAGUACGCCGACUGCCAAAACCCAUUCUUCACCAUCGAGGCGGUACACGAAGGGCCCUGCCAGAGGUUACCACCAGCACCAGCAGGCCCCUCAGCAAGCUUGCCCUUCCUGCCGCCGCCCCUGCCACAGCCGGAGCCGGGGCACAGCAGAGAGUCAUCGUCAUCGGAGGAGGACCUGACCUACUCUGCCUAUAUCCUGGCUGUCUGAAGGGGAGGGGGUGAAGGGGAGGAGGAGGGGGGAGGGAGGGGAGAGGGCCAUGUUUUGUAUGCAUUUUCUUACUUACUUAAUUUUGCUGCUUUCUUUUUCCUCCCUAUUUUGUCUGUCUGAGGGGAGGGGGAAGGGGAGAUGGGAGAAAAGAGGAAGGGGAAGGAUGGGGUAGGCUGACACUAAAUCUUCUAUCUUCUUACCUCCUUACAUUUUCUCUCCUGUCUGUCUGUCUGUCUGUCUAAAAGGAAGAGGGGAAGGGGUGGGGAAGAGACGGGUGGGGGAGGGAAGAGGCGGGAGGAAGGGGAAGGCUGACGGUGAAUUUUCUUCCUAUUUUCUUUCCUUCCUCUUACUCUCUUUUCCCUCAUGCUUUAUAUUAUAUCAUGUCUGGGGAAGGGUGGGGGUAGGUAGGGGGAGGGGGGGAGGGAGGGGAGGAGAAAGGGGUAGUUAGUUACUUCUUCUUCCUUAAUUUCUACCUUUUUUUUCUCUCCUGCCUCUCUGUCUUUUUGUCUAAGGGAGAGGGAGAUGAGGAGGAGGAGGAGGAGGAGGAGAGGGGAAGAAUGGAGGGGAAGGGUGGGUUGUCCAAUCAUUUGCUUUCUUUCCCCUUUUUCCUUGUUCUUUUCACUCCAUGUCAGGCUCUAAGGGAAAUGGGUGAGGGAGGGAGAGGAAGGGGAGAGGAGAAGAGAGGAAGGGGGGGGAGGAAGGGGUACGCUGUUUGCUCAACUUCCCAUUUUCUUUCUACUUUUCAAACUUUCCUUUCUCUCCUAAUCUGUCUUGCGGCCUGCCAGUCUGUCUGAAGGGAAGGGGAAGGGAAAGGGAGGGGAAGGGGAGGAAGGGAGAGUGAGGGGAAGGAAAUAAGUUGUCUAUGUUCUUCUGUUUUGUUUUCCGACCUGAGAGAGAAAGUAAGGGGAGGGGGAAGGAGAGAGAGGGAGAGAGAGGGGAGGAGGAAGGGUAGGUAAGGGAAGGAAAAGGGAAAUAGUUUAGUCUCUCCUCAUUCUCUUUACAUUCUUUUCCCCUCUUCUUUAUCAUUUUUAUCAUCUAUCCCCUUCCUUUUUUUACGAUUCUCUUGAGUGAAGGGGAAUGGGAGAGGGAAAAAGGAAAGGGGAAGAAAGGGUUAAGAAAAGAGGGGAAGGGGAUGAGAAAGGUAAGAGGGAAGGGGAAUAAGGGGUAAAGAAAGAAGGAAGAGGAAGAAAGGGUGACGAAAAAGGGGAAGGGGAAUGAAAAGGAGGGUAAAGGUUAAGUCUCUUGUCUAUCUCUUCCUCAUUUCUCUCUUCUCCUUUCCCUCCUCUCUAUUCUUCCUUAUUCCUCUUCCGUACAAGUUAAAAAAGGAGGAGGAGGAGGAGAAGGAGGGGAGAAAGAGGAGAAGAAAGUGGAAGAGGAAGAGUAAGAGGAGGAAAUACGAAGGAAAAGAAGAGAGAACCAUUAACAUAUUCCUCUUCCUCUUCCUCUUCUUCCUCUUCUUACCUGCGACAAGUUUCCAAAGUUAAAUGGAAAGAAAAUGGAUGAAUUAUUUAAAUGCGUGUAAAAUAAAAUCUACCUGUCAGUG